GACCUUCAGUGUGAGUGCAGCGAAAAAAAGGCAGGCUAUAUAGUACGCGCACUCGUGCAGCUGUGCAAGUGUAUUGUAGUAAAACAGCGAUGGCUACAUACACGGCGCUCGAAGCGGUGGACCUGCUAGACGCGUCAUUCAGCAGCGAUUCUGACAGUGAAAUAGAUGAUGAUCCUGACUUUCCAAUCCCUGGAACAGAAUCGGAAAAUGAUGAUUGAAACACAAAUGAUGAUGCAGGAGAGAUCUUGCAAACACCUGCACCUGCAAGAGAUGAGAGUAGGAGUGAGUUGGAGAACAGCGGAGAGAGUGUGAAUGGUAGAAGGAGUAGAAGUGGACGAGGGAGAGGGAGAGGGAGUAGAGGUGGUCGAGGGAGAGGGAGAGGGAGAGGGAGGGGGAGAGGGCAGGGGCAAAGAACAGUGACGGGGAGAGAGAGGGGAUACAGAAGAAGCUCUAUUCCAUGGGAAUCAACAACACCAGAUAGUGACACACAACCACCACCACCGAGCUUCACAGAAUCCACAGGACCACGCCUUGAUCUUCCAGAUGAGCCUCAGCCAAUUCACUUCCUAGUACAACUCCUUACAGCAGAUAUUGUUGGCCUGAUAGUGAUGGAGACAAACAGGUAUGCUUCAGAAAAGAUCUCCAAGCUCCAGGCUCAGGGCAACCUCAGGCAAAAAUCCCGUUUCCGAAAGUGGACACCUUUGACCAUUGAGGAGUUCCAUGGGUUUCUUGCCAUUGUGCUCAACAUGGGGAUCAUAAAGGUCCCUGAGAUCGAGGACUACUGGAAAACGUCCUGGGUAUCACAGAUACCAUUCUUUUCCCGCAUCAUGCCACGAGAUCGGUUUGAGCUAAUUUUUUGGAUGCUACAUGUCUCUCACACCGAAGGUAGCACACAAAAGAGGAUAGACAAGGUGAGCAUGCUAAUGAACACCUCUUCUUCAGAGGUUCCAACGCUGCUACUAUCCCAAACGCGACUUGGCAGCAGAUGA